CUGCUAUUGAAAAAAACUUAUCUUUACCUGAUUUGGAUAACGAAUCUCAGGAAAUACAAUUAAUAAUUAAUAGAAUUAUUGAAGAGCGUAAAUUAGGGUCAGCAAUUUUUAUUAAUACUGAAACAUAUCUUUCAAUAAUUUUAUCACAACCUUGUAUCCAGUGUAAAGAAAUACGAAUUGGUCAAAAAAAAGUUCAAACAACUGGAUCAGUUUUUAAUCUUUGCAUAACCGUAAAAUGUAAAGAAUAUAAAACUAUAGCAGAAUAUAAAAACCAAGAUUCUAGUACAGAUUUUAUGAAUUGUGUAAGUGCAGCUAGCUUAAUUGGAGGUAUCAAUCAUCAAUCUUUACAAAAUAUUCUUGCGAUUAUUGGAAUUACGAAUCAAUCAUACAAAUCAACUUAUUAUGAUCACCAAAUACCUUUAUAUAAAAAAAUUGAAUCUUGUGCUCAAAAAAGUGCAAAGGACACACUAAUAGCAGUUGUCAACCAGUUAAGAACUAAUCAAAAAAAAUUGUUUCAGUUGGAUUUGAUGUUGGAUG